GGGCUGAAGAUGAUGAUGGUCCUUUUGAGCAGAGCUCUGGGGUUCCGGGGCUCCGCGCCACGAGGUCACAAAGCUCUGGGUGGGUGCCCAGCGCUCGGUGCCGUGCCAGCGCUGCGGGUUUGCCCUGCUGCCCUGGGCAGCCCCGAGGCAGAGGUGCCCGUGCCACCCCCGCCAGGCCGGGCCGGCGCUGCGGGGCCAUGUCGGGUGUCCACUACAAGUUCUCCUCCAAGCUGAGCUACGACGUGGUCACGUUCCAUGGCCACAGCAUCUCCCUGGGUGACCUCAAGCGCCAGAUCAUGGCCCGCGAGAGGCUGAAGGUGGCCAACUGCGACCUGCAGAUCCUCAAAGCUGAGACCAGCGAAGAAUACUCUGAUGAUGCACAGAUCCCAAAGAACGUCUCAGUGAUCGUGAAGAGGGUCCCAGCUCGAGCUACGUGUGUAUCCAUGAAGCUCUGAAUUCCCUGUGAGGGAUGUCAGAGUGUGGACUUCUUUUCUGGAUAUGGGUUUGCAGAGGCACUU